UCGUUAAAUAUCUUCCUUCACUCACUGCUUGUUCCCGGCUAUCGAGUUAUUUUUUUAAACAAAUAUCCCCGAUCUCCUGCUUAGAGUUAGUUUCUCAUAUUUAUGGGGCUACUUGACCAGUUGUGGGACGACACCGUUGCGGGUCCUCGACCCGAUAAUGGUCUCGGCAAGCUCCGAAAGCACUCCACUUUCACUUUCCGCUCUAACUCCUCCAAGGAAACCGAUGGCGGGAGUGUGAGAUCGUACAAUGAUGAGACGCCGGAGGAAACAACGAAAGUGACACGUACGAUUAUGAUCGUAAAAUCGCCGCGUUACCAGAGCGGAUCGCCUCCGGUUUCGCCGGCCGAAUCAACUCCUCCGGUAUCUCCUUUUUCUGGAGGAAGCAGAGAGUCGUAUCGGUUUCGGAGAAGGUCAACAUCAGAUGCAUACGAGAAGGGGAAGGAGGGUGGAGGUAGGAGCCUUGCUCCUCCUUACGACGUGUGAGAUGUGAACCUCUCCUCUCCUCUCUGCUGAUCCCCCAAUUCGCCGACAAGUCAAUAUUAAUUUGCAUAGUUUCUACGUUUAUACAGCUGAACUUUAUAAUGUUAAUUAGAGUUUGCCCACUUUGUUUUUUUUGCAUGCAUGUAUGUAUGUAUUUAUGUGUACUUGUUUUGGCAAUGUAACUACUUUUAUCA